AUGCUUUCUCUUAAUGAGGGAAAUUAUCCGGGAGCCAGUUGUCCAGGGCGCAAUUAUUGGGGGGGCAAAGUGGAUCAAGUGGAAAAGAAAAAGGAGCCGGUGCAAAAAACCUUACGCAAACGCAACCUUGUCUUUGAUGAGGAACACUUCCAGGAUGCUUUCCUACGCUGCAUCAUUUGCCGUGAUGUUUUCAAUGAAACGAAUAGGGCCCCCAAGACCCUGCCAUGCCAACACACUUUCUGCUUACAUUGUUUCAUGGAGAUGUUUCGAGUUGAAGGUGAAUACCGUCAAUCCCUAACGUCUGCUUUCAGGGGAAUGCCAAGAGCUGUAAAAAUUCAGUGCCCCACCUGCCGUGACAGCAUCAUUGCCUCUGAAGAUGAUUUACGACGUUUGCCCAAUGACAACACCAUACUGGAACUUCUGCGCUUUGUGCAAGAGACAGGAAUUACUGAUAUAGCUUAUUGUGCAAAACACCAGUUGCAGCCUCUGAAUUUCUUUUGUGAGCUAUGUGUAACAGCUGUGUGCUGUGACUGCACUGUAUUGGAUCACAAGGAGAAAAAUGGUCAUAUUGUGAUGAGCAUGGAGGAAGCCUUGAAAAAAUACACUCCCGUGAUUGACAGCUCGAUCAGCGAGAUGGAGUCACGUCGCCAGCAGUUUAAGGAAAAGCGGAUGGAAGUGUCGAAGAGGUUAGAGGAUGUGCGUCAGAUGGAACAGAACGUGUCGUCAGGGAUCAAGAAGACUUUCCAGAUAAUACGGGACGUGAUAAAAGAGCGGGAACAGAUGCUGCUGAAUAUGUCCGAGCGAGAGGUGGAGAAGAAGCGGUCAGACCUGCAGGAGAAUUUGAACCAUAUAAAGGAGCGGGAAGAAAACAUGAUGAGCCAAAUAAAGAUACUGGAAACUGCCAAAGAGGAAAAAGACAUCCAGUACAUGUUCAAUGUGUUCAACAUGGCCCAGGAUUCACUUGUUGAGUCACUGGAGCUACCUUACCGCGUUGAUGAUGACUUUGGGCUAUCAUUCAACUUUGAAGACGACAAAAUGGAUGAUCUGGCCAGUCAAUUAAAGGACUUUGCUAUCUGUCUAUCUAUCUAUCUAUCUAUCUAUCUAUCUAUCUAUCUAUGUCUACUCCUUUCUAAGUUUGUUCAUUUCUAUCUAUCUAUCUAUCUAUCUAUCUAUCUAUCUAUCUAUCUAAGUCUACUCCUUUCUAAGUUUGUUUAUUUCUAUCUAUCUAUCUAUCUAUCUAUCUAUCUAUCUAUCUUUGUUCAUCUAUCUAUCUAUCUAUCUAUCUAUCUAUCAUCUAUCUAUCUAUCUAUCUAUCUAUCUAUCUAUCUAUCUAUCUAUCUCUAG